AUGGCAUUGAGAGCUUCUGCGCCUAUACUAUUCAGCGCGAUACUUGUAUUGUACUGGUAUAGCAAGGAUACUGGAAGCCCUCAAUCUGCUUUGUUUGGUGUACAGCAUCUCGUUGUGUCGGUUCAAACUGCACAACGAAGAGUUCCAAAGCAUUCUCUUCUCUUAUUUAUCAACCCACCGCUAGCAUUAUCAAGUCAAGGUCAAAGACUGGAAGCUUUCGAUAUGUUUGGCUAA